AUGUUCAACGGUCUCCAACCCAGCCCCGCUGUGGGUCUGUCGCGGCCGUGUCCACGCCCGCCCGCGCCCGGAUCUCUGGGCGGGUUUUAUCCUCCGCUCCCUCCCUAUUCGUCACUUUCGCCUCCGCCACAUCCCCAACAGCUUCCCCAUGGACUUCCAAGUUCGCACCCGCCGUAUCCUCCCCCUGGAGGUCGCCCCGGGGCCCUCCCGCCGGGGCCCCAGCCGUUCCUCCCCUCAGACCUCCGGCCAGCAGGCGUCUCGGACAGGUUCAGCUACAGUCCACCAGGCGCCCCAGCGGGUCAAAACAUGGAACCCGCUCAGCGCGCCGUGCAUUCUCAACCCCCAACGCGCGCGGUGCCUUCGGGGGGACGGCCUCUUGGGCACGCGACGCGCGGGCCUGUUGGCCCUUCCCAUCGGGGACACGCGGGGUACGAGCUGGCGUUUGACGGCAGUGGCUUCGGGCAGAGAUCGCCGAGUCCCCUGGGUCCGCCCGCUCCGACGGGGCGAUAUCCCCCUUGGAACGAAACGAGGCGAGGUCUAGAAGAAGACGCCCGCGAAGGCCGCGGAGAAGCUGGUUGCCCAGCCGGAGCGUGGAGCCGAUUCCGUCAGCAAGGGGGACAAGGUGAACAAGCGGUAGACUCCCGACGGAAUCUGCACAGCCAUGGGGCGCGGGGGCCCCAGCGAGAGUUGGGCGCUCCCCCUGCGUCCGAGAGUUUCCACCAAGGUGCGUUUCGGGAUGGGCCACCCCCGAGCGUGGGGCCCUCUUUCCGUGAUCGGGGUCCCCAAGGUUCAGGCCAUUUUUUCACGGGGGCGUAUCCCCGAGGCCCGGGAGGACUUGAGGCCCACUCGAGAGACAGCCCCCCCAGCCCUGCCGGCGGCGCAACGCCCUUCGCAGAACUCUCCAUGCCUACGAAUCCACGUCGUGGCCAUCCGACCGGCGAGCCUCGGGGCGCAAUACCCGCGCGCUUGCAGCCCUUUGAAGCUCGAUUUGCGCCGCAGCGCGGCUCGUUCCCCGAGGACGCGGAACGGGGCUUUCCGUCGAGGCGGGCGGAAGACCGGAAAGAUCCUCACGAAAGACUUCCAGAUGCGCGCUUCGGACCCCCUGGACGGGCUGGAGCCUCCCGACUGGAAUUUGGAGACCCACGAAAUCCUUACUACCGAGCCAGCGCGGAGCGAGGACGCUCAGGUGAGGGGUCGUGUUUCCAAGGCGCUCCAGAUUCCGGAGGGAGACACGGGGACUUCGACCGCCAGGGUCGGGAACGGUCUUGGCUGCCCCAGGGGCCUUCUUCGCUCUCUGCGGGCCUCGGAGACCCAGGCCGGUACGAUCGGCUCGACGCGGGGCGCCCGCCAAGGGGUGGAUAUGAGCCGCAUCGCGGUCGCCCAGAGCCUGAGGCGAUGCACAGCGAUGGCCAUUCCUCACGUGGACACGACCCUCCCCGCCGCUCUCCGCCGGGCCCAGACAGGGGACGGAACGCGCCGGCUCACCCCGCCCAGGAGGGUUGGGGGAGCGAGGCCAGUGGACAGGCGCCCGCCCCCACCGGCACAGGGUCCGUUCAGCACAAGAACGAGGCUUCGCCGCCGUGGGGAAGGGACAGGGGCGCCGCGGAGAGACCGGACGGCCGGCGUGGGCAACGCCCAGUGCGUGAAGGGAGCGCGCGAGAGUCACAGCGGGUUUCGACUUCUGGAGGGGCUCCAAACUACCUUGGAAGUGGAGAGGCGUGUCUCGUGGCCGACGGCGGGGACAGGCCGGAGAGACAUGCCCAAGGGUUGCCGCCGCAUCGGUCCUUGGGACCGUCUGGGCCUUCUCUCUCGUCGCCCGAAGCAGGCGUUCCUCUUACUUCAGGAUUUUCGCAUGGGACGGAGCUCGCCCCCGCUGCGCCGCCAGGGCCGGCCGGAAACCUACCCCUCGGCGCGUUCCUCGGAGGCGCGUCUCUGGCGGUCUCCGUCGCGGGGACACUGCCGAGUCUCGGCGUCGGCGGAGGCCUGCCGCAACCCGCGCUCGCCAGCUUCCCGGCGCUGCCUCAGGGGACGCAGCAGCAUUUCUUUGACGCUCUCAGGCACGCCGUGACCGCCGGCGCAGGCGCUCCAGCGGCUCGCUCGCCCUUCCCGGGCACGGGCCUUGCAGGGACAGGCGCCCCGGCCCCGGACGAGGGAGGACGAACGGUAGGGCCGCACGGACCCACGGAGAAGGAAAAGAGUCCUGAAGUCGACAAAAACAUCCCCGCCGAGAACCCCAACGACAGCAGGCUUCUGCGAGAGCUUAGCAAGGCCCCCCCUGAGCUGUUGAACCCUGAGACCAGCACUGUGGCGCAUAACUGGUGGUAUCUGGACAACAAAAACAAGUGCCAAGGACCUUUCGACACCCUCCGUAUCCUGCGGUGGUUUGAAGGCGGCUACUUUGACUCUCAGCGACCGUUUCGGCGGGACGACGAGGCAGGCUUCACGCCGCUGGAUGACGGCAAGAGGAUAACUGACGUCGCCGCCCGCAUCGUGAACCUCGCUCGGACCUCCCAGAGGGCUGCGGCGCAGCGAAGUCGACAGAGGCUGCCGCUCGGGGCCUCGGUGCCGCUCGGCAGGCCAUCGGGAGAGAUGACUCUGGAAGCAAAGGUUCAGCAAGCGCAAGCGGCUCUCGCGCCGCUCUUCCACUUGGCCAAGAAGAGACAGGACCGCCCGGACAUCCGUUUCGCGACUCUAGGCAAACGCCGGAGGCUUGUGUAG